AAGGAAAAAACAAACAAACAAAGAAGGGAAAACAAUUAUGUCUUCGUCAGAUGCUCUUGCAAAGUCUUUCUCUGUUUCUCACUCUGGAAUAUUUGGAGUUGACGAGAAAUCAAUGCUGGAGAUCUUAGUAAAAUGGCAACCAGAACAGUUGUCAACUUUUAGGAAUGAAACUUCUCGCAUCUUUUUGAAGGAUGAACGCUUUCCGUUUGAGAAAUGUGAAGAAUUUCUUCUUAAAUUUCUAAAAAGGGAAUUUAAGCGUUUUAAGGAUGCUGUGGUGCAAUGGACCAUGCAUCCUUGGGAAAGAGAUGCUCGCAUGGCAAGGAAGGCUUUGAAAAGAGGCAGACAAGCAUAUGGCCUACUCAUUGAACUUGCAUGCACUCGAUCAUCAGACGAGCUCUUGGGAGCUAGGAGAGCAUACCAGUCCCUCUACAGCGAAUCCAUCGAGGAAGACGUUGCUUCCCGAGUUGACGGCAUCGAACGCCAGCUUUUGGUAGCACUUGUAAGUUCAUACAGAUAUGAUGGAUCAAAAACUAAUGACCGGGCAAUUAAAUUGGACACUCAAAAACUCGAAAAAGCCAUUAGUAUUGGUGACAAGAAGCAGCUAAUCAAAGAUGAAGAGAUCGUAAGGAUUCUAACAACAAGAAGCAAGAUUCAUCUCAUGGCUGUCAUCAAAUGUUACCAGGAGACUUUUAACAAGAACAUUAUAGAGGAUCUUGAUGAGGAAUCAAGUUUGAAGGACACAAUUUAUUGCUUGUGUGCUCCUCCACAGUAUUUCAGUAAGAUUUUAGAUUCAGCAAUGAAAGCUAAUGCAAACAAGAAUGAAAGAGAAGCCCUAACUCGAGUUAUUGUAACCCGAGCCAAUGUUGAUAUGAAGGACAUUGCUGAGGAAUAUGAUAGGCAAUAUAAAACUCCUCUAACCAAGAAGAUUGAAGAUGUAGCUCUUGGAAAUUAUAAAGAUUUCUUGGUCACAUUGGUCCAAAGAGCUCUGCCUCAAGGAAGUGAUUAAAAAUGCCUCUCUUGAUGGACUUGUUCUUUUUCUUUGAAUCGAACUCUACUAAUGCUUUAUUUUCCUAUGUUUGCAAGAGCAAUGUGUAAUAAUAAAAAGUGUGGUGUUCCUAUGAAGUGAAACUUUAAUAAAUCAUUAA